AUGACUACAGAAAGAAGGAAAAGUCAAACUAUUAUUUCUCCUAGGGCAAUUCUGCAUAACCCUCCUCAUAAACGAACACAAAAAGAUAUAGAGAUUCUGAUGAAAGCGACCUCAGGGAUUAAAUUUUUUCAAGAAAUAACAGAAAGAGAACAAUCAAAUAAAGUCCAUUUAGCUUGCUGCAAAGUCCUUACAUAUGCAGAAUAUGAGGCUGAUGAGUAUAUUUUUAGAAAAGGAGACCCUGGAGAUUGUUUGUACUUUAUUUUGAAAGGCCAAGUUAGAAUUUUACUUCCAAAAGAUAGGAAAAAGCCUGUUAGGAACGAAAGUGAGAAAAAAUUGAUUGAUGCGCAAAGAAAAAGCGUGCUUGAUAAUCCGAGAAGAAGCCAGCUUGAUAUACCAAGAAAGAGCCAACUAGACAUAAUUCCAUUUAGGCCUAGGGCUGUAACUACAAGGAAUAUCAAUAAAGAGCCUAAUUCUCCUGUAACCCCAAAUAAAAUAAAAGACAGAAAGGAUAGUAUUGAUAUAUUGAAUGUGGUAUCGACUGAAGAAAGUGAGGUAGAUGAUGGGCUUAUAGAAAUUGCGAGGAUUGGAGCUGGGCAGUCGUUUGGAGAAAUGGCUUUAAUUAAUGAUAAACCUAGAAACGCCACAGUCCAAUGUUUAGAAAAAACAGUUUUAGCUAAACUUAGUAAAGAAGAUUAUCAGAUAGCUGGUUCAGUACACGAAAAAACAAUGAACGAAAAAAUUGAUUUAUUGCGAUCUUUGCCUCAGUUCGCCAACUGGACCAAAGUUUCUCUAUUUAAGCUCUGCUAUUACUUCAGGACUAUCAAUUUCAAACGUGGGCAAGUAGUUUACAAAGAAGAUGGCCCUGUAAACGAAGUUUACAUAAUAAAAGAAGGUGAGUUUAAAUACACAAAAAAAUACCAACUGCCUUUAUCUAAUGCUUUUAACCCUUAUGAUCUUCCUAUAAGUUCAUCAAGAUCUAACAAUUCUUUUAAUAAGCUUAGAAAGCAAAAUCACUUAUUCAGAACCAAAGAACUUCAAAUUGUAAUAAAACAAAAAGGACAAAUGUUUGGAUUUGAAGAAAUUCUCCAGCAUAAAAAUACAAGGGAAUAUACUUGUACAUGCAUUUCAAAUGAUGGAGAAUUAUUCGUCAUUUCUGAAAAAGAUUUCAGUAAGAGGGUCGCGCACCCAGAAACAAUGAAAUAUUUGGAGGAAAGCAAUGAGAUAUUUAAGACAUGGGCUGAUAGAAGAAUUGAUGAGCUGCAUGACCUGGAAGGGUUCAAAGAUGGAAUGGCUUUUACUCCGAAUAAUAAAAUAAGGCCUGAUUCUGAGUCUCCAAAGCGAAGCUAUACACCAAGGGUGGCUUAUAAGCCCUAUGAAGUAUACAUCUCUCCUGCUAAACCUCUGCCAAAAAUUUUUUACCAGAGAUCUCCAAAGCCAGCUGCUGAUAUUUCAUUUGAUUCUCCGCUUAAGUAUCAUAAAAAGAAUUUGGACUAUGAUCCAGGAGAUAGCUCAUACUACACUAUGUUCGAAACUGAGGUCCCAGAAGACAUUUCUAUCAGUCCUUACAAAACUCCAAACAAUAAAUUCAGAAGCACAUACAUGGCUGACGACCAAUCCAUUACAAAAUCUUUUCAUAAACCAAUAAGGCUACUUCCUGCAACAAGAUCGAGAAAACGGAAGCAGGACGAGAAUAUUGCAAAUAAAUCCUUUAUGUAA